AAUCAGAAAGCUUCCGUUUCCGAAUUUUGUGACUUGGCUUGGCUGAACAACACUGUUGUUGCGGACAGACGUCUUCCGAAACCAAGCAUUUCGAAACGACAAAAUGGCAAUGAUAAGUUUAAGCCUCAUCACUUUCUUGCUGAUCUCAGUUUGUGCUGGAGAUAGUGAUUUGAAAGUUGACGAAGGUCAGGUGACAUUUGAUGCCGAGGGAAAUGACAAUCCAAGAAGCCGAUACUUCAGUAGGAAGUUACACGUCCCAAGUGCCUGGUCUGGCAUUACUGUUGGUCGAGGCUAUGAUAUCAAAUACAAAAGGAAGAAAGUCGUUCUAAGGGAUCUCCGUGCCAUUGGUUUGGGUGAUUUGUACGCCAAGAAAAUCGCUGGUGGUGUUGGGAAGUUUGGAGGGAAAGCCAAAAAGUACAUCAAGGCCCAAAAAUUGCAGUCGUUUACCAUAACAAGAAGACAGCAAAAGAACUUGUUCAAAAUAACGUUUGCAAGAGAAAAGCGAGAAACAAAACGACUGGUGACUAAAUAUUACAAACGCAACCUGGAUAGGCUGAAUGGCAAAAUACAGGAGAUAUUGAUUGACCUGAAGUUCAGAGGAGACUUCCGACCAACGAGUAGAUCGAAUACAAUGGUUCAGCUAAAGAAAGCUGUCCAACGGAACUCUCUUGCAGAUUUCACAAAAGUCAUGUCGAACAGGCGCAUGUGGAGAAAUGUACCGUUCAACCGUUUCAUAAGUAGGAAGAACUUUUUGUUGCAUUAAAGCAACGCAAUAUAUUUGACAUAAACUGACAGUCAUUACGUAUCACAAGUAGUAGUCAAUUAUACUUUAUUUUUCAUUAAACUAUCCAGCAAUGCA